UAUAGGCAUUGGGGCCACAAACUGGGAUGGGAUUUUUAUCGGUUACUUGGCAGCGAUACACUUUAGUACGUGUUUGAGGCAUUCGUGGGGCCCAGUCUGUGGUGGCCUUGACGUGUGAAUCCCGUGUUGUUAAUAAUAAUCACGCGUGUGUUUAUAUGAAAAUAAUCUGAAUUUUGUCAAGUGUGUGUUUCACGCGGUGGAUGUGAAAAAAAAAAUAAAAAAAUAAAAUAAAGAGAAAAAGUGGAAGGAAGAAGUCAAGAGAGAAAAAAAAAAAUUGUCGAGCGCUGGCCCGCGCAGGUGUUCGGAAUCCUAGGGUUAGUUUUUAACUAAAAAAAAAUCCAUCGAGUUUGAAUACCCGGUGAGAAAUUCCAGUGAUUUUAUAUUGUUACAUCGGUUUUUUUUUUUCCAGUGAUAGUGAUGGUAUAAAUGGUAAUUGUUGUGGAAAUUACAGUGUCGGUUAUUCGGCUGCUGUGACAAUGACACAGACGUCAUAACACGACACUCUUUUAUUCGUCUGAUUGUCAUCACCACACGAUAAAUUAAUGGAUUAUUUAUCGAGUCCUGAAUACCAGUAAAUAUUUAUGUUCGUCUUGCAGUGACUGUUCGUUGAAAUCGCGAGUGUAAAGUCCUUUUUUUAUUUCAUAAAUUAAUUUUAUUUAUUGAAAAUUUGGGGAUGACAAUUGUUGUCUCUGGUGAAGUGUUGAGUGAUUUAAAAAAUGUCGAUUGAAUCGACAAAUCGCGAGUGAAGUUUUUCAAUGGAGUCAUUUGUUUUUAUUUAUUUUUUUAAAAGUGAAUUAUUGGGUGACAGUUUUGGAUGUGUUUUAGCCCCACGAUAAUCAGUGGGGAAAUUGAAUUUUAGGGGAAGAACGUUUUAACGUAUUUAAUGUGCAUUAUUUGCGUGUGUAAUGUCAACGGGAUUUGUUAAUCACCACUCAGUUCGUACAUAUGCAUCCAAUGCACGGUACAAGCUGUUACGCCAUAGAGGAUGCCUCAGGGGCUAGUGGAGGGUCGGUGGUGUGCGCUGUGUGUUCCAGUGAUGUCGGUGACGCGGCGGCUUGCACUGCUGGACCUGGACAAUGGCCGGCAAGCCUGAGCAUCAAAUUUCUCACCCAGCUCCCCCGAAUCACGUACAUCAACAGUCACAUUAUCAACAGCAUUAUCAAUCAAACAAUACCAGCAGUUGUACAAAUCAAUCAAAUCAAUCAAAUCAAUCAGCCAUCGAUCGACAAAAUCCUGACGAUUCUCGUGUACUUGUUUACGUACCAACUGAUAAUUUUACAUCAUAUUCAACAUCAGUAGAUGAUAAUACCGAUGGACUGUACCAGAGUAAUCAUCAGGCAAAUUAUCCAGGUAUUGUCGUACCUCAGGUUGAUAACACCAUUGGAUACAAAACAAAUUACAGAAUUGAUAGUGAAUCAAUAGGUAAUGAUCUGGAGACUGAUGGUGAUGCUGAGAGUGAUUGUUGUUUGAAGACAAUUGAUAUUAAUUGCGGUUUAAAUGGUGGACGGGGAUCGGAAUUGUCCCAGGAGGAUGAGGAUUUUGGUAGGAAUUAUCGUGGUGAUCUGAAUAUCGGUGAUAUUGGGGCGACUGGUUCGCCCAGCAAUACGGAAAAAAUAGAUUUGGGAAAUUUGAGUAUAACCGGUAGUCUUGGGAGCGCUAGAAGCCCAGCACACAGUGAUGCUGACAGUUUGAGUGGUACCAGUGAUUCUGGUGUUGUUGCAACAGCAUCAUCAACGAGAUCAGCGCUCCCAAGUAGCGCUGUUGGUAAUGAAUCCGAUGAGAAGAAUUAUACAUCCCAGUACCAGUUGCACACCAAUGUAUACACCAAUUAUCCUAGACAUUGUUCCGUUAAUAAUGGCAUUUAUCAAGGUGUAAUUGAUGGUAAUAAGGUGGAUGAUGCUGGCAAGGUGAAUCGGGCUAAUGGUGAAUUGGAACAGCUAAAUCGUUGUUGUAUUGGUAAUGAACGUGGUUGUGAUUCGGUUAGAUCUGAUACCGGUGAAUCGGCUUACAGCAGCAGUUUGAGCAGUCCCGAGUGUCAGAGUUUACUCUCGUGUGAUAAUAACGUCAACAUUGGUGUUUCUGUGCAGCAGGCUGCGCGUUUAGUGACACAAGUUAAUGUCGGUAAUAGCAACAAUGUUGCGCUGACUAUGAACGGUUGUGUGGUGCAGCAGCAGCAGCAGCUACAACAGGCGUCAAUUGCGGCACCUCGCGGAUGGAAGAGGAUAUGCACCAACGGGGUCAUCAUUUAUAUCAGUCCAAGCAGUACAGCGCUGGGUUCGCUCGAUCAGCUGAAGGAGUACCUGACAACCGCGGGCACUUGCAAGUGCGGUCUGGAGUGCCCACUUAGACCAGAACAGGUCUUCAAUUUCGAUCCCAAGGUAAGCGAGCAGAGGAUUCACAGUCGGCAAUUAAUUAGCCAAGUAUCAUCUAAAGUGGUUGCAACGAGACCUUGGAGUCCGGAUCAAGGGAAGACACGAGAGAUGACAAAGCUGUGCAACCACAAGAGGAAACUUUUGUUGCCAGCAGCAGCGGCUAGUCCGGUUGCCUCCUGUACACCAGUUGUAUCUUCCACUAUUCUACCAGCACCGGGACCACCAAUUCAUGCUAGUGCUGAUUCACCAACUUCAACCGAUAAGUUGAAGAAAGAUGGCUUGAGUAAAAAGAAGAAGAGGAAGUUGAGUGGCGUGGGAAACAUAUACUCGGGUGUAUCGGUGUCACAACUUCUUGCACAGAGGGAACGAGCUAUUGCUGUGGGGGGCGCAACGGGGGUUCAGAGUUUACCAUCGAACAACGGUUCGCAGGUGUGGCCAAUAACCGCUCUGCCGAUUCAGCAGACUAGCCAACAGAUCGGCCAUCAAUCAUUGAACUCCCCCGCGAAUCUUGACUUGAAUAGUUGUGCAGUGAGGAAUAACCAACAGAGGCUGAAUCAACACAAUAUGACAAGUAUGCUGAUGGGUAAUCCAUUGAUAAUGAAUCAACAGGGCACAAAUUUUAACAACAUGAGUCAACAGCAGCAGCAAUUGAUACUGCAGCAGCAGCAACAACAGGCGCAGCAGCAGCAACUCAUGCAGCAGCACAUAUCGCAGUAUCAGCAGCAGAAUCAAGGACAAUCCAUUCAUAAUCAGCAGAUGCAACAGAUGCAGAUUCUACAUGAACAGCAACAGCAACAGCAACAGCAGCAGCAACAACAACAGCAGCAGCAGCAGCAGCAACAGCAGCAACAGCAGCAGCAACAGCAGCAACAGCAGCAGCAACAGCAGCAACAGCAGCAGCAACAGCAGCAACAGCAGCAGCAGCAGCAGCAACAGGAACAGCAUCAUCAGAACGUCAUAUCGAAUCAGUUGAAUCAUCAACAGAAUUCUCAUUACGUUAAUCAGAUGAAUGAUCAGUCUGUCCAUUCGAUGCAGCAGCAGCAGCACAUGAAUCAACAGAUUCAUCUGCAACAGAUGCAGAAGCACAAUGUGCAGCACCAGCACAAUUCCCAGGACACUAGUCAGCAGCAAAUAACAAAUUACAAUAAUCAUCAUGGGAAUGAUAAUUUUGUUCAUCAUAUGCAGAAUCAGAAUUCGGGACAGGGAGCGUUGCACUCGCAGAUGCACCAGUUUCAUCAGCACUCGAUGCAGCAUCAGCAGAAUAAUCAGCACAUUAUGCAGAAUCAAACGCAUGAUCAGUUUCAUAUGCAACUUCAGCAUCAGCAGCAGCAGUACAAUAACUCGGGUAUGAGUCAUCAUGAUAUUGUACAGUCGAAUGGAUCGAUAAUGACGGGUAUAAAUUCAGGGGAAUCCCAAAUUAGGCAUAAUCGAACGCCUAGUAUAGGUGAGGAGGAUAUCAGUGCCAAGCAAAUGUCUCAGCAGAUAUCUCAGCAGCAGUUGUUGAUGCAUAAUCAUGGGAUGCAGAGACAUCACAUGCAGAAUGGAAACCUGCAGAAUAUCGCUCAUGAUAAUAUGCAGAGAAUGUAUGGUCAGCACCAGGUGCAGUUCCCGAGAAGCUGUGAUCAAUCGAAAGGGACGAAUAUGGAAAUCAAGGGACAUCAGCAGUACAUGCUGGUGAGUCAGGCUGGACGAAGUCCAACGAGUGGCAAUGUUAUCGAAGUUCAAUCACCCAUGGGAACUAAUGUACCUUCAGGGCAAUCUAGCAAUGUUCACUUUAAUCAACGAGCACAAAUGUGGCCGCAGAAUCGUACCAUUCAGCCUUCCCACCAGUCACCUCCAGUAUCAGUCCAGAAUAUUACGUGCAACAGUAUGGAUCGAGUACCUCCACUUCACCAUCACAUUCCUCCAACUCCAACUUGGACCGACGAAGUGGCUAGGAAGAAGGCUAAAUCCAGCAAAUCCUUGACCAAGAAACAGAGACACCAUAUGGCAGAAAUUAGAAAUAACAAUGUUGAACAAUCGAGUCUCAGUCCUAGGGACGACUUUGAUAAAUCUCAAUCGAAUAAUCAGAUUGGAUCAACAGUCAGCAAUUCGCCAAGCUUCCUGGAGGACCCUAGUGGUUACCUCGCUCAACAGACAGCUCUGCUCAAUAGCACGAUAUCCAGACAAACCGGGGUCAGCAGUUCGCAGAUGAUGAUGAGCACUCCAAAACUACCACAAGGGAGCCACUCAACAAAUCCAUCGAGUUAUCUUCCACAGCAGAAGCCUUCCUCAGCAACAAGUCCCACAAGUUCCUCAGUUAACUCGGUGAAGAACCACGCAACAUCGCCUGUAGUAGUUCACAGCAGUAUGACCCCAACAUCAGUUGGAAGUAAUACAAGUGAUUCGGACACUAAUUCCUGUCAGGGUUGUGUGACGAGUGGUGAUACUCAGUACGUGACAGAGCAGUUUAAACAGCAGAUGCAUCGUCAGUACAUGCUGCAUACGGAUCCAGACCCAGUGACGUCGUCCACCUUCAACGAAAGAUUCACAACGAACCAACAGAUGGACUCAAGACCGAUUCAAGGUGGAACCAUAAGCACAAGUCAUGGAUCACCAAUUGGCACAAAUAGCCCAGCAAAUUCUGAUACUCCAUCCUCGUCAGCCACUGGUAUCUCCCAACCUGCAACACCUCAGAGUCUCAUUUCAUCGCAACCAUCCACCCCUCACAGUUACUCCCAACCCCCAACACCUCAUUCAAAUCAAGUACCUUCACAAUCUUUGACACCAGUCAGCCAACCGCCAUCUCAGUCUUCAGCCAAUCCAAGUCAGGAACAGCCUCAAUCGAUAACUUCAGCAUCGAGCACAUUAUCCCCGAGUACUUCACCCCAAAGGGGAAUCCCCCCCGAAAAUGGUUCACCCCCAUUGUCAAAGAAAUCCACACCACGACAACAAACACCCGAGGGCUAUCAGCCCCAUCCCCAUACCAUUACCUCUGUGCGUUUGCCAAUGAUCCCCUUCAGUAAUUCAACCGUAAUCACAACAAUGGCCAGUGGUCACACAUUCAGCUCUAAUACAAUAACCUCGGUAUUAGCUGGUAAAGCUAAUACAGCAACUGUGUCAAUCAAUACGCCCUCGGGUAUUCCCAACUCAGCGAUUCCGAAUAUUCUAUCAACUAAACCCAUACACCAGCAUACAACGUCAACGAGCAUCGUGACGUCAGCUCUUGUACAUUCAACAAAUUCGAUACCAAUCAAUCAUGGACAUUCGCACAGUACGAUAAUAUCGAAGUCUCCAUUAGAAAUGGUACAGAGUGUUGUGAGUAGUAUUCAGGUACCUCAGGCGAGUGCAAAUUCAAUUGUGCCGCAUCAUCAGACUCAGCAACAUCAGCAGCAGCAACAGCAGCAGCAACAACAACAACAACAACAUCAACAACUACUACUACAACAACAGCAGCAGCAGCAGCAGCAGCAGCAGCAGCAACAGCAACACCACCAGCAGCAGCAGCAACAGCAGCAACAACAACAACAGCAGCAGCAGCAACAACAGCAGCAGCAGCAUCAGCAGCAGCAGCAACAACAGCAACAGCAACAACAACAGCAGCAGCAGCAACAACAGCAACAGCAACACCAUCAACAUCAACAACAACAGCAGCAACAGCAGCAACAACAACAACAACAACAACAACAACAGCAAUCUAACGUUCAAGUUCAUAAUGUUUUAACAUCAACGGGAAUGUUGAAGCAUUCAGUAGCAUCGACCCUCCCUCCGGGUCAUAUCUUAGUAUCCAGUGGUGGUCAAUUGAUAAUGGCGAGUACUGGGACAGGAAUUAGUGGAGUCAUGGCUCCACCCCCUCCUAAGAUCAUUUCAAACGCCAGUUCAAUGCCUCCAUUGUCAGUAUCACCGAUGGUGACGAGUGUUACUGGUGCUGUCAGCCAAGUUAUACCCGCUGUUGGUGUAGCGCAACAGGUGAUCGGUCAACCCACUGUUCUUGUCAAUACCAUUCAAACGCCUGUGCUCAUUCAACCAAGUGUUAUGACUAUGGAUGGGAUUGGACAGAAUGUUCAAAUACCUCAUUUAACAGUUGCCACUGGUAAUGUUCUCCAGAAUGCACAAUCAAUUAUCGAGGCGAAUCAGGAUGUGACGAGAACAGUAAGUACCAAUAGCAUUGUGAACAGACAGCCUGCAUUAUUAUCGCCAGAAACUGGUAUGAACAAGAAAAAAGUUUAUAAGAAACGGAAAAGCAGUACGCAGACAGUGGCUUCGAUGUUACAUAUUGCCUCGUCCCAGCACAAUACUGGAAUGCUCAUGCAGUCACAAUCGAACUUUGCACAACAGAACUUCCAGACGCAGAGCAUUGGGGGUCCAAUGCUCCAGGCGUUGACGAUAGUACCUGGAAAGGGUGGAGCACCUGCACAACUAGUAAUGAAUGGACAGGCCGGAGCAACAUCGCAGUUCAACACCCAACAAAUUAUCACAAAUCCACAACCCGCGCAGCAGAUUAAUCUUCUCCAACCAGUUAAUCUGCUGAAUGGUGCUACUGGGAUGGUCCAAAACUUCCCAACAAUUCAACAGUUCAUUGUACCAGGUUUGGGAAGUAUGGUGAUGUCGGCUGAUGGUACUGCAACUCUUCUACAAGAUACUGGAAAUUUGGGAAUGCAGCUACAGAUUCAGAAUGUCAAUGGACAAAAUGUUUUAACACCGGUGCAGAACCACUCGAAUAUCUUCAGUCCCAGCCAGAGUAUCUUGGCAGCAGGACCAGCGGGAAUGGUGAUCAGAGCGCCACAGGCAGGGGCUGGCAAGAUAAUUCAGCAGCACAGUCCAGGGGCUCAGUUUCUUUCUCCAAACAGUGGGCAAUUUCUCGUAAAUGGUACAACUUCCUUUGGGAAUCAGUUGAGCCCGAUUGUAGCAAAUGUCAGUCCAAAUCAACAGGUGACCUUCAACACAUCUCAAGUGAGGCCGACUAAUAUCCAGGGUCAACAAGAAUUCAUUCAGAUGAAUGGACAGACACUCAUGGUUCCCUGCGCUACUGCCCCGAAUUUAGCGGUCUCUUCUGCAUCGAACCAGCAAAACACCACGUUUGUUCAACAGAAUACAACGAUUGUGCAACAACAGACGACAAUGGUGUCGAAUAAUCAGAUCCCAGAUUUUCAGACUGUCGCGACGAGCAAUGGAAAUGUCGAUCAAUCCCUGAGUCUCGAUCACAAUCAGUCGUACAUUCUCAGCGCUGGAAUGAUCCAGGGAAAAUCACCAACUUCACCCAAGAGCACUAUUUGCUCACCAUCGUCAGAACAGAGUGUCGAUCAACAAGCGCAACAACAGCAUUCAGUGUCAACGCAAACAGCUGGGAAUCAAGUCAAUAUGGGCCAGUCGGCGUUGAUGAGGCAAGGCUCACCACCGGACACCACGACCCACAGUCCGGGUAAUAGUCAGCGGUCAAAUAGUCCUGCUGUGGAUACUACUACACAUGGAGCUGCUUCGCCUGCACCUCCCAUCAGUGCUAGGCAUUAUUCUUCAUCGACACCAAUGGUCCACUGCAUCUCCAGUAGCGAGCCAGACUCAGGUGAUAUUCAAGGGAUAACAGAUGACUGGCGAAUCCAGGGGAUCACCAAGGAAAUAACCCUGAAUCAGCCUGGUCUGAAUGGAAAAACUUACGUCGAAUCGACUGUCACAACUGGGAUACAGAUUUAUACAACAGAGACAUUGAAGCAAACUGAUGGUGUCGUGAGUACGAUGAGGUGCGAGGGCAGAGAUCAUAUUGGACGUGGAAUCAAACGAAAACUGGACUCCAUUCACUCAAUGCAUUCAACUCUGCAUGAAGACCACGAUGUAUCCGAGGCUCAGGGAGAUAGCGGAAAUUGGAAACUCGAAGUUGGUGAGCUCGUUUGGGGUGCGGCACUGGGAAGUCCUGCUUGGCCAGGCAAAGUCGAAUCACUUGGGCCCCAAAGCACCUCGACAGUCUGGGUACGUUGGUACGGGGUCGGGGGCGGUCUCACCCAGGUAGAUAUCAAGAAUCUCAAGUCCCUAUCUGACGGUCUUGAGGCCCAUCAUCGAGCGAGAAAAAGAUUUAGGAAAAAUCGUAAACUGAAUAUGCAACUGGAAAAUGCAAUUCAAGAAGCAAUGGCAGAGUUGGAUAAUGCCAGUAAUCAGCCAAUGCCCAGGAAUCAGGAGGUGACAUCAGCCCUUAAAUCAUCAAAAUCAGUGUGCACCUCUGACUCGAAGGCUAAAGCAGAGCCUAAAAGAACGUCCAAGAAGUUGACUGCAGUCGAUUCACUAAAAACGACUCAAAAGAGUAGCCGCUGACGUUCUCAUCCCCCAAAAUUUCUGAUACAUGAAAAAAAAAAAAGAAACAUAAUGAUUAUUAUAGUGUAAAAACAAAUCCUACAUGGAAAAGGAGCAUUUCAGUGGAAAUGCGAGUGAAUGUGUACAUAUUUAAUGCCUAAUUAUUGUAAAGGAGACAAUUCCGUUUUCCACAAUGGAAUAAAAUACUCAUUAAUAAGAGAAGAACGUAAAACCGAAUGGGAGAAGUAAAUAUGCUGAAGAGAAAGGGUGGGGGUUAAGUAUUUGUAUAUAUAAAUAAACAUGUAAUUGUAUACAUGCAACAUUAAACGACUGUAUGAUAUCGAUUAUAAAUGAUGUUGAAUUAACGAGAAUGAAAAAGAAACAGUGAUAUUAGACUUCCUUUAGUAUCUCAAAAUUUUGACCAAUUUUAUGUAGACAUUCGACAUCUUGGAGGUUCCUCUCAUGAUUGAAAAAAUGUUUUAUCUAUUAAAACAAUUUACAAACAUAAAAUCAGUGCAGUGUGACUUCAGAGCGAAAUAUUUCAUCGUUUUAGAGAGAUAAUCGGCCUGAAUUGCAUUUUCCCAAAUUUUCCAGUGAAGAAAGAGGUCCUGAUAUAUCUGAUGUCUUAAAUUGCAGGUUUUUUUAAAAUAAUGAUUCAGCAUAAUCAUCCGGCGAAUACAAUUAGUUCCAAAGACGAUGGAAAAUCUUUUUUAUAGGUUGAUAUAAGGGUAAUACUUUUAUUCUCGAGAAUUCUUUCCUGUGGCAUUUGUGAUUAUUUUGUCUUUUCAUCUAUUUCAAUGUCAGAUUUUCGUCAGAUUUUAUCCUUAAAGAACAAACUAAAUUCAGAUAUAUGGUAGAAUUAAUUGGAAAACCGCAGACAGUUGUUUUUAGUUGAGGAAAAAUAUGCUAUAAAUACACUUGCAGGUUUCAAAACGUCAGAAAGGGAUUUAUUUGAGCGCCUUAACUGAAUGAAUUAUCAAAAUUAAUGGAGUUGAAUUCAAAAUUAAUCGUUCCUGUCACAAAGGAAUAGUUUUCUACUCCUUCAAAGCUUGAGCGGUCAGUUCAAUGAGAAAUAACGAUUUUAUAAUAAUAAAUCAAUGAAAUUGAAAGAAAAGUGAGCUACAGGUGGUAGAGGAGGACUAAGCAUCUUUUUGAUUAUACAAUUGGUGAAUAAAUUAGCCAAUUUAUGCAUUGUUAAUUGAUAGCAAUGGAAAUUGUCGUUUUGUUACUAUAAAAAUAUGGAAAAGGCUAUGUUCAACCGCCCGAGUCUUGCCAGCGUUGUAACUGUAAAUCUUCCCACAGUACAUUAUUUUCAAGUACAAUUCAUUAAAAAGAAAAACAAAGAUGAAUACACUAUUUUUACACGCCUAAAAACGGGUCAUACCGGUUUUAGAUUGUACGACGAUCAUCAACGACCAAUUUCUAUUAAAAUAUACCCCAUCAUUUUGUGUCGCACAAUAUUUAACAUUCCUUUGUAGCACAUAUGUAUUUUCAUCAGACUCAGGUUUCAAUCGAUGGAAAACCAGAACUAUAAUCAAUGAAUUUAAUCAAACGAUCGAAGCGGAGACCAAAUUCGAGGGAUAACUUGAGAUUUAAUUAAAAAUUGACAUUUACAAUCACUUAAAAAAAUUUUGAUGGUGCUAUUUAACGAAUUACUUCGAAUUGAAGCAUUUACGCUGAUUCUUCACAUAGACAUGAUGUCUUUGGACAUCUCGGCUUAUAUCAACAUACGACAGACAAUAAAUCAUCUAUAAAUAUCAAAGAACUAAAAAGCAAAUAAAAAAUUUACUGGAACACAUAUUGAUUUGUUUAACACCGCAUUAAAUGCAACAGGAUUAUUCAAAUAAUUAGAAUGAAAAACAUCGUGGAAAAUCGUAUCGUUUUGCUAAUUCUCCCUGCAUGUAAAUAAUUAAAUAAUGAGAUAAUUGUUGUGACAUUAUAUACAAUCGAAGUAAUCAAAAAGAAAAAUUGUGUUGACUGCGUUUGAAAUUUGCAUAAUAUUCUGAAGCUCGUAAAAUAAACCGGUGAACCUCAAUUUGCAUAAUUGUAGACUCUGGUUACCAAUUUAUUAUCGUUAUUACGGAUCGUUCACAUAUCGCCGGUGAAGAACUGCAUGCUGUUUUAUAACGUGACAUCCGGCCAGCCUUGCUAACAAAUUGACAUUGUUAUCAUUAAUUGAGUAACCAUUUUUCAAUUUCCCACGUCUACCUGAAGUACCGAAGAAAAGUAAUUUCCAUAAAAAAAAAAUAUGUAAGCAUGAUGUGAUGAAAUAUCUUUAAAUAACCGGAGGAACUAUUAAAAAUGAAUGGGUACAUUACCUCAUAGACACCUACCAAAAUCAAACGUCUUGAAUUUUAAAUAAAAAAUUAAUGAAAAUCUGUAAUACUGACAUCUAUGUAUAUUUUUCUUUACUGUAAAUAGAAUGUAAUACGCCUUAAUAAUAGCGACAUUGUACGAUUGAACGUCGAUGUUUUUAGAAUGCAGAUUUUAUAAUGACCGUGAGAAACAAACAUAGUAAAAAAAAAACUUCGAAUAUAAAGGCGAGUGUUUUUAAAGUAAUGAAAUUCAUUGAAUAUAUGACACUUACUGAUAAUAAAUCAUCAUCAAAAAUAGUGAAUGUUCCGGAAUUGGAGAGUGUUUUAUCACAAUGGAAUGUCAUUUGAUAUUAUUGAUUUACAACAGUAAUCGUAAGUGGACGCAUACUAUAAGGGCGAAACAUUGAUCAAAUCUGUCAGUGCUGUUUUUUUUUUCUAUUUGGUUUUAUUGGAAUUAAUUAACUCCAAUUUCGUCGACUGGGAAACAAUAGAUUCGCAACAACCACCAUUUCAAUUGUUCUGAUGAUUUCACAAAUGAAUAUUCCAUGAAAAUAUAUUAUUUUGUAAUAAUAUAAGUAAAUGGUAAUGAAAAGAAGAAUUUAAAUAAAUUGUGAAUAAAGUAAAAUUAUUAAGGAAAAUCUCAGACAAUUUUAAGUGGUGGUUUGACAUAUUAAGAAGCUUCUUCCUCGAUGAAUAAAUAUAAAAUGAUGAAUAUACAGAAAGAUUGAUUAAUUUGUAGCGUGGACAUUUUACAGUGGAGGCAUUAGCAAUAAUCGUAGAAUCAUGACAACAAACAAAGAGAAAUUUUCAUUUUUGUGGAAAAUCUGCAGAAUUCAGAUUGAAAACCAAUUAUACAUAUGAAUAUCAACUAUGGGUGGUGUAACAAACUAAAAGAUGAUAAUUUUAUAUUUACACGUAGGCGACAGAAUGAAAAAAUCGUUAAAUUAUAAUGAAUGUAUGAUACUGCUGUAAUAUGAAGAAAAAGGUAAACCCCCACCCCCUAAACUUGGUUAUUAGUUCAAUUAGCCAGAAGGGAGAACCGCUACCUUAUCCAAUAUUGAAUUUAACAUCUAGAGUAUGGAAUAAAACAAAAAUAAAUAAAUAGAGGUCGGUAAAAUGGUAAAUGCAUUUUAACGGGACUUUAAAAAGUAUGAAGCUAUGUGAUCCACUACUACUAGUAGCUUGUAGCUGUAAAGACUUAUACUUUAUUUUGUAAAUUUUGUUUAUACAAUGUUUGAUCGUUCACGCAUGAUACUAUUGUAUGUGAAAAUAAGUUAAUAAAUCAUUAACACGUGAA